UUCCCCGACCUGCUGUGCGCUGUGGAGGAGGGCAUCCCCGGCCUUGGGAUCAACGCGUACUCGCUGUCGGCGACGACGCUAGAGGAGGUGUUCAUCAAGAUCGCGGAGGGCCCGGAUGCGGAGCGCGACGCGGAUGCGCUUGCGGCGGAGGAGAAGGCGGAUGCGACGGAGGCUGUGUGGAACGUGGAGAUGGAGAAGGGGCGGUGGGCGCGGCGGCGGCUGCAGUUCCGCGCGAUGAUGGCGAAGCGGCUGUGGAACGCGCUGCGCGACCGGCGCACGCAGUUCUUUCAGAUCGUGUGCCCCGUCGCGUGCGUGCUGCUUGCGAUGCUGCUGACGCUGGUGAAGCUGUUCAGCACGCCGACGAUCCUGCUGAGCAGCGACGUGUACGGGACGACGGUGGACAUCCCGCUUGCCAACUGCGAGGGCGUGCUGGACGUGACGACGCCGUUCUCGACGACGGUGCACAUGGACAUCUGGACGGACACGCCGGAUGCCUCUGCGUUCUCGAAGAAGCUGAACAGGACGUACCAGACACACGCGAGGGAGCGCUACGGCGGCGUCUCGUGCGCGGCUGCGGGCAGCGGGGAGACGUACCACAGUGUCUUCUACAACACGUCGGCUUUGCACGAGGUCGCCAUCGAGACAGCGAAUGUCUUUGCCGCCCACCUUCGUGUGGCAACUGGCCGAUAUAACACGAGUGUUACCACUGCUGUGGCACCUCUCCCCAAAACAUCGCAGCAGCAGGCGGUGGAGUCAUCUCUGUACGCGAUGAUGAUUGCCGUGAUCAUCAUGAUCCCGUUCACCUUUAUUCCUUCGACCUUUGUGGGCUGGAUUGUGAGGGAGCGCGAGUGCAAAGCGCGGCACCUGCAGAACGUCUCUGGCCUGAGCUUCUACAUCUAUUGGCUAUCCAAUUUCUUGUUCGACCUUUGCUCGUACAUCAUCACGAUGUGCCUCGUCAUCGUUGUCUUCCUCGUUUUCGGCCGUGACGAGUACGUUGCGCUGAACAACAUCGGUGCAACGUUUGUGGUGCUUCUGCUUUACGGCGUGUCGGGCAUCCUCAUGGCAUACGCGCUCAGCUUCGCCUUCGACAAUCAUUCCACUGCGCAGAAUGUCGUCAUGCUUGUCAACUUCAUUGUGGGGUUUCUGCUUGUACUGGCGGUGUCUGCGCUAAUGUUGAAAGAGUCGACGAGGAAUUUGGCCAAAGUGCUCCGCUUUAUCUUUCGCAUUGUACCUAGUUACUGCGUUGGCGAGGCAAUCAAUAACCUCGCGUUGCUCAAGGUGACCCGCGCGUUCGGCGUGGACACCAGCACGUGGGACAUGGACGUUGUGGGGUGGGUGUGCGUGUAUAUGGCGAUCGAGAUCCCGGUGUUCCUGUUCAUCACGCUGCUCAUUGACCACCCCGGGCGGCGGCAGCGCAGCCAGCGACUGUUCCACAACCCGGACGGUGCUGCGGAGGUGAUCGAGGAGGAGGACGAGGACGUCGCGGUGGAGCGGCGCGCUGUGCUGGAGGGUGGCGAGCGCGAGGGCGACCUUGUGCGGGUGCUGAACCUACGGAAGGAGUACGCGAACGGGAAGGUUGCGGUGCGGAACAUCACGCUGGGCGUGAGGCCCGGGGAGGUGUUUGGGUUCCUGGGGACGAACGGCGCGGGCAAGACGACGGCGAUCUCGAUCCUAUGCCAGGAGUUCUACCCGACGAGCGGGCGAGCCUACGUGUGCGGGAACGACAUUGUGACGGAGAGCAGCGAGGCGCUGCGGUGCAUCGGGUACUGCCCGCAGUUCGACGCGUGCCUGGACCUGCUGACGGUGGAGGAGCACCUGUACCUGUACGCCGGCGUGCGCGGGAUCUCGUCGCGCGCGUGCGACCGCGUUGUGCGUGGGCUGAUGAAGCUGUGCGGACUGACGGAGUACCGGCGCACGAAGUCGCACGAGCUGAGCGGCGGCAACCGGCGCAAGCUGUCUGUUGCUGUGUCGCUGAUUGGCGGGCCGCGCGUUGUGUUCUUCGACGAGCCGUCGGCCGGCAUGGACCCCGUAGCGCGGCGCGGGCUGUGGAACGCGAUCGAGACGGUGGCGGACAACUGCUCCGUUGUGCUGACGACGCACCACCUGGAGGAGGUGGAGGCGCUUGCGCACCGCGUUGCGAUCAUGGUGGACGGGACGCUGCGGUGCAUCGGCGACAAGACGCACUUGAAGCAGAAGUACGGGACGGGGUUCGAGGUGGCGGUGCGCGUGGCGGACGAGUCGCCGGAGGUGAUGGCUGGCGUGGAGCUGUUCUUCGAGAGGGAGUUCCCGUCGAGCAAGCUGACGGAGGUGCGCGCGGGGCGCUUCACAUACCAGCUGCCGAACACUGUGCGCCUGUCGAGCGUGUUCACUGCGCUGGAGCAGCAGAAGGAGAAGCUGCAGAUGCGCGACUACAGCGUGUCACAGACGUCGAUUGAGCAGGUGUUCAUGCGCAUCAGCGAGAAGGCGGAGCUUGAGCACGAGGAGGCGCACCGGCAGCGCAUAGAGAGCAAGAAGUCGUGCUGCAUGUGCUGCUAG